GGAGGACAAUGAAAUGCCUCUGUGAGUAUUUUUGACCUCUAGAAGGGGUGGAUAACCGUGACUUGCCACCUGUUGUAUUUGAGAGAUGAUACAAAGGUAAUUUACAAAUUUUAGGCUGCCUAGCAAUUUUUUUUAUUUUUUUAUUUUAAGGAAAACUAAUAAAAAAAUGUUUGAAAACUUUGAGUUUUAAUGAUAAGAACAAAAUAAAGGGUAAAGUGAAUAGUAUUAGGUUUGACUUUUUAGUGUAAAAAUAUAAUUUUUCGUUAGUAAACAGUAUCGUGGGCUUUUCAUUAGAACUCAUUUUUUUUUUAUUUAUCGGUACUAUAUAAGCUAUCAAGUGUGAACCCUCUGAAACACAAGUCAAACAUGAAAGAUGGACGGUCACCAGCGUCUCUGCACUCCAAUUUCUUCUCCUCCCUGAAACAGGUUGAGAAGAGACUGAAAUUAGAGAACCUAGAAAAAAAAUCCAGUAUUUCACCAUCACCAUUGUUACAAAGCAACAAGCUUUUAACAGAAGAGGAAUCACUAAGCUCACCAUUAUAUCUCCCCUUUCACCAGUCCAAUAACAACAACAAUCAGAGCUUAAACGCAUUGCAAGAGAGUGGUGAACCUCCAGAAGCAUUCCUCUCAUGCUCCCUACUUUUCCCACCAACCCAACAAAACCCACCUCAAACGAGUGCCCUGCAUCAACCCGAAACCAUCAAUGACACCGAAAAUUAUGCAACCGGCGAUAUUGGAGAGUUAAUUGAACUCUUGGGUUUGUCUAAUUGUGAAGGAGGAGAGGAAGAAAGGGGUGAUUGUUGUGGUGGUGGUAGCGGCAUUGGUGGUGGUUCUUGUCGUUGUCAAGGCGGGUUUUAUGAGAAGAUUGUCGGGGUGAAGGGGCCGAAGUGUGGGAAAGAAAUGGAAAGGUUGGAGGGUUGGAUUAAGUGCUUUAUGAAUGGUGGUGGGGAGGGGAGUAUUGAACCUUUCAGGUUGGCACAUUUGCUUUUGGGAAAAGCUGCUUUUGUUUCUGAUGGUGCUGAUCAUGGUUUUGGAGGCUUGGAAUUCCCUUCGACUGUUGGGGAUUUUUUGGUCAAAGAUCCUCCCCCAACAGAUUGAUCAAGGCACCGAAACUUUACUCUCUGUCUUUAACUGUAAAAAUUUCUGCAUAAAUCUAAAUUUCUUAGCAUAAAGUAAUGUAAUUCGUUUUUCCUAACUGUUGUUUACAUGUAUUCAUAAUUUUAUGGUUUAUGCAACAAUUAAGUGAAAGAUCCAAUCUUUCUUCAUCAAAUUCGGUUGUUUUUCAA